AUGGCAGAGUCAACAAAAAAUUCUGAUAAUAAUUUAUUUAAAAUUUAUUCAACACCUUCAAAUGAACAUUUAGUUUUUGCAGAAACUCUUCGUGAUUGGCGUGAUCCUUUAUUACAAGGUUAUGAUCCAAUACCAGUACCACUUUGUCCACGUUGUGCUAUAUGUAAAUGUCAAUCAUUAAAAGAUUUUCGUAAUAUAUCAUCUAGUUCUAUUCAUCAUCGUGAUCAUGGUCAUCAUCAUAAACAUGAUCCAUCAUGUCCAGAUUUUCGUCAUCAACAUGAGCGAGCUAAAACACCAAUUCAUCAGCGUACUAUUACUAAAUUUAAACGACGUGCUAUUUCACAUGAUCCGUCAAUAACAGUGCUAAAUACUUCAUCAUCAUCAUCAUCUAUAAUAAAAUCAAAAUCUGCUGAACAUUCUCCAUUAAUUCAUUCAAUGGAACGAAAAAAAUCGUCAUCAAAAAUACCGGUAAGAGUUUCAACACCAAUAAGUAAUUAUUCACCAUCAUCAUUAUUAUCAUCAAUUACUAAAAUUCAAUCGUCAAAUAAAAAAACAAAAAUUCCACGAUUAAUAUUCACGCCUAGUUUAUCAUCAUCAACAAAAACAACUGAUGAUCUAUAUGAAAUAGAUAGUUUGAAUGAUGAUGCUGAUCGAACAUCGCAAAUCAUAUCUGAUAAUGAAACUACAUCAUUAAAUGAGAAUAGGAAUAUAAAAACAAAUCAUAAUCAAUUAAAUAAUAUGGAUGAACAAAUAUUAAUAAAAAAGAAGAAAAAAAAUAAACAUAAUAUAUCAAUAUCAGAUAAACGACAACGACGAUAUCGAUAUAAAGAAGGUCGCCAUUCAAAGUCUAAAUCAACAUCGAAUGAUUUAUCAACAUCUAGUUCUUUAUCAUCAUCUUCUUCACAAUCACUUUCUCCAUUAAGAAAAAAAUCUCAUUCAACAAAUCGUCGAUCUUCAAAUUGUCAAACACUUUCAUCAUCGUCAUCAUCAAAUACUUCUGAAAAACUUCAAUCAAAACAAUAUUCUCAAAUUCAUCAACAUUCAGGAUUAGUUUCUACUAAUCAAUCAAAUCAUUUAUCUCCUCAAUCACCAUCAUCAUCAUCAUCAAUUUAUCUUAUACAAGUAACAAAUACAAAUAAUCAAACAAAUUCAUUUGGUUUAACAAAAACAAUUCCAUAUGUUUGGAAAAAUCGAAAUAUAAAUAAUAUCGAAGAUGAAGAAAAUAAUAUUUAUCCAAAAUUUUCAAUUGAACAAAUUCCACCAAUAAUUAAUAAUAAAAAACGUUCUCUACCAAUAUCAUCACGAAAUAUAAUUUUACAACGUGGUCAAAUUGAUUAUUGGCAAAAUUUUGAAACAUUACCUGAUUCUAUUCUUACAUCAUCAUGUCAAAAUUCUACUGGAUCAGCAUCUAAUUUACUUUAUUCAUCAACAUUAUUACAACAAAAUAAAAAUCAUAAAAAUUCUCAUGGAAAUAUAAUAUCAAUAACAACAACAAAACGUUAUCAACCAUCAUUAUUAAAUAAAACAAAAGAUAUACAAUGGAAUAUUGAAGGAAAUGGUAAACAAUUUCGAUAUUCAAAAACUAAAUGGCAUAGUGAUCAUCAUUUACAUAAACAUAAUCGUUUAAGAAAAAAAUAUCAAAAACAAACUUUAUCAGAUAAUCAUACAGAUACUGGAUCAUCUAGUGAACAAAAUAAUCAUUCGGCACCAUUCAUUUUUCAUCAGAAAAAUAGUACAAAUCUAUUAAACAAGACUCACGAAGUAUUAGAAAAAUCUUCAAUGAACACCAAUUCAAAACAAAUAGAUUCAAUUGUACCUGAUUAUACAUCAUCUCAUCGUAAUAAAACUAAAGCAUCAUUAUCUAUAAUACCUAAUGAAAAAACUAAUCAUUCAUCAUCAACACCUUCAUCAAAACCUGUUCAUAUAUCUAAAUCCAAACAAAUAUCAUAUGCUAGUACAGAUGAAGAUGUUGAUGAAUUAAAUUCUCAUUAUUUUGAAGAUAUUGAUCGAUCAAUAACAAAAAUUGAAGAUUAUCGUGAAAAAUUAAAUACACGUUUAUUAUCUUCAAAUAAUGAACAAAAUAUAAAUCAAAUUAAUACAACAUAUCGUUCAAGAAUAUUAUCAACAGAAUAUUCACAAAUAACUAUAGAUUCAGGUGUUGAUAUUGGAAGUGAACAAAAAUUUUAUCAACAAAAUACAACAUUAACUAUUGAUGAACAACCAUCGGAACAAAUAACAGAUCAUAAUGAUUUAUUUAUAUUAUCAGAUGAUUCAUUAAUUGAAAAAGAAUCUAAAUUAUCUAAUAAACAAUUUGUAAUAAAUAAAUCUAUUAUAGAAAAAAGUGAACCUACAAUAAUAUCAAUAAAUAAUAUUCAACAUGAAAUUAAUAAUUCAACUAAAAAUAAUUUAUAUAAAACUUAUGAACUUGAAAUAAUAAGUGAUGAAGAUGAAGAUAAUGAUUUAAUAAAAUAUAAUUCAAAUGAAUUAAUAAUAACAUCAGAAAAACCAUUAUUAAUAAAUCAUUCUUCAAUAAUUCCUUCACAAUUUCAAUUUAAAUUACCAACAUUCGGUGAAUGGAUAGAUCGUGCAUUUACAACAUUUCUUUCGGAUACAAAUCAACAUCAAUCAGAAUCAAUAUUAUCAAGUCGUUCAUCAUCAAUUGUAUCAAUGCAUACUUCACAAAGUACAAUUAAUACAUCAUCAUCAUCACAAAUUAUAACUGUUCUUGAUAAUUUAAAUUUACAAAAUAUAUCAAAAAAUGAUAAUAUUGAUCUUCCUCAAACACAAAUAUUUACAUAUGAUGAAGAACAAGAUGAUGAACAUAGUUUCAAUGAGGUAAUAAGCGACAAAAGAAGAAUGUUAAACUAUGAUGAUGAUAAUAAUAAUGAUGAUGAUGAUGAUACAAUUCCUAAUAAAAUACCAACAAUAAAUACAAAUGAUUUGCCAUCAUAUAUAGUCUAUGAAAAAUUUCAAUACUCUUCAAAUAGUCAUGAUUCAUUAGAUCAAUCAGAUCAUCAUAUAGAUACAACAACAUCAUCAAUUGAUGAUUUAACUAAAACAAAUCAAUUUUUAACAUCAACAUUUUAUUCAAAAGAUUCAGCACUUGGUUUAUCCGAUGAUAAUUUAAAUUAUUUACAAACAAAUCAAUUAAUUAUAUUUGAUGAUGAUAAUAAUAAUAAUAAUAAUAAUAAUAACCAAGAAUAUAUUUCAUCAUUGUUUCAAGACAAUAUUGUCGAUAAUAUUGAAAUACCGUUUAAUGCAAAUACUAAUGUUAAUAUUGAAACUAUGCAAAAAAAUGAUACGAUGAUUUCGAUUAAUAAUGAAAUACAAUUAAAUGAAAAUGAAAAUGAUGUUGAACGAACAAUAUCAACAAAUUCAUCAGAACACUUAAUACCAAAAGAAAAGCAAACUGAUUCACAACAAUUACAUACAGAAUCAGCUUCACAAUUUGAACGAGCACGAGAAAGUUUAUUAUAUAGUGAAACACCUAUUCGAUUAGCACGAGCAAACAUGGCUGCAUCUCGUCUUUCACCUCGUUUAGAAAAAAAAUCUUAUGUAUCAAAUAAUGUAACACUUGCUGAAUUAUUUAAAUAUGAACAGUCAUUAACAAAGGAAGCAGCGAAAAAUAAUCGAAAUAUUUAUUCAAAUACCAAAACAAUUAGUGAAUCUUAA